GACUCCAUACGGCUUGAACUACGUGUUGAUCACCAUCGUUUACCAGAUCAGCAGCAACAAUGUCCGGAGGUUUGGAAUGUUUAGCCCUCAAGGAGGAUGACGUGCAGAAGUUUCUUGCUAGCGGAGCUCACAUCGGCUCCAGCAACAUGGACUACAAGAUGGCCCCUUACAUCUACAAGCGCAAACCAGAUGGGAGUUUCAUCAUCAAUCUGAGGAAGACCUGGGAGAAGCUUCUACUGGCUGCACGUAUCAUCGUAGCCGUAGAGAACCCUGCUGAUGUCUGUGUCAUCUCGUCUCGACCAUACGGCCAGCGUGCCGUGCUCAAGUUUGGUGCCCACACCGGUGCCACUCCCGUGGCUGGCCGUUACACGCCCGGUACAUUCACCAAUCAGAUCCAAGCUGCUUUCCGUGAGCCACGUAUCUUGAUCGUGACAGACCCCCGCUCUGAUCAUCAGCCGGUCACUGAGGCUUCAUACGUCAACAUCCCAGUCAUUGCUCUCUGUAACAGUGACUCUCCUCUUCGUCACGUGGACAUCGCUAUCCCAUGCAACAACAAGAGCAUCCACUCUAUCGGUCUGAUGUGGUGGAUGUUGUCCCGUGAGGUACUCCGUCUCCGUGGAGCCAUCAGCCGUGAUGUCACCUGGGAGAUCAUGGUGGAUCUCUACUUCUUCAGGGAUCCUGAAGAGGCUGAGAAGGAGGAGCAAGAAGCCCGUGAUCGUGCUGUGGCUGUGAAGGAAGAGCCAGCUCAGCCUUACGCUGAACAGUGGGGUUCUGAUCCCGUCGCUGUACCAGCAGGAGGUCAACCAGUGGGUGUGCCAGAUGUCACUGACUGGGCUGCUGAUGCUAACAAGGUAGCUGGAGCUCCUGCCCCACCUCAACAACAGUGGGCUAAUGAUGCCAGCAAGGUCGCUGCCCCUGCCGCAGCCCCAGCAGCUUUCCCCUCCGAGGACUGGGGCUCCGUUGAUGCUCCUGCAGCUCCUGUAGCUCCUGCGGCUGCUGCUCCUGCUGCUGCAGCACCUAGCCAGGAUUGGUCUACCGAUGACUGGGGUGGUGCUGCCACCAACGACUGGGCCGUCAGCUCAUAAGAACACCAUUGCAUCCCUCGUCAGAUGCCUCAUGAAUGGCAUCACAUGUGUGAUUUGAAAGGGCAUAAUUUGUAAAAUGGCAAAUUGGAAUACGAUGGAAAUUUUCUGGAAACAUUGUAUCAACUGUUAUAUUUGUUUCCAAAAGCUCACAAGAACUCGAUUUAUAAAGUACUUUACAUAUUUCAUGUUUCAUUUUAUGCACAUGAAAUACCCACUUCAUCACCCACACAUAAAAUAGAAAAUUGUCACACAUUUGCUGUGAUGUAGCUCAAUCUUAUUACAUUUUGCCAUACAUGAAGCUUGAAGCAUCUGCACAUUGUUCUCCAAUCAAAUAAAGAAACAUGAGAAAGGGUUUUGUGAACUCA